AUGGUAAAGCCUUCUCCUGAUCGUUCCGCUAUCGUUCGUCUGCACAAAGCCGGCCGCCCACCCGCCACGAUCGCUAAGCAUCUCAGCAUUCACCGCAGCGUCGUGUAUCGCACACUCCAACGUUAUCGAGACCUUGGUGGACUCCAAGACCACCGAAGAAGUGGAAGACCUCGUACUGCUCGCACGCCGACGGUCGUCGAGGCCGUCAGAAAGCGGAUAGCAAGAAACGCGACUCGGAGCAUCUUGACGAUGGCUCGCGACAUGGGAAUCUCGCGGAAGUUAAUGGAAAGGGUCGUCCACGAAGACCUUAAGAUGUACCCCUACCGUACUCUGAAGGCUGCUAUCCUCCUCGAAUCAGCAGGCGCGAGUCAAGAAGUGCAGCUUUUGCUUCGGACGCGCAACAAGGGCCACCAUUCGAUCGUCUUUUCGGAUGAGAGGCUCUUCACCGUCGAGCAGCAGUUCAACGCUCAGAACGUCAGAGUCGGCGCCCGCCCACAAGGCUAA